CCGCGGCGGCGGCGGCGGCAGCAGCGGCGCAGUCCCGCGAGUACAAGCUGGUGAUGCUGGGCGCCGGGGGCGUGGGCAAGAGCGCCAUGACCAUGCAGUUCAUCAGCCAUCGAUUCCCCGAGGACCACGAUCCCACCAUCGAAGAUGCAUAUAAAAUCCGAAUUCGUAUUGAUGAUGAACCUGCGAAUCUGGAUAUAUUGGAUACAGCUGGACAGGCAGAGUUCACAGCCAUGAGGGACCAAUACAUGAGGGCAGGGGAAGGAUUUAUCAUUUGUUAUUCCAUUACGGACCGUCGAAGUUUCCACGAAGUUCGGGAAUUUAAGCAACUGAUCUAUCGAGUUCGACGGACAGAUGACACACCGGUGGUGCUGGUGGGAAACAAGUCUGACCUGAGACAGCUGCGCCAAGUCACCAAAGAAGAAGGUAUAGCUUUGGCCCGUGAAUUCAGUUGCCCCUUUUUUGAAACUUCAGCUGCCUAUCGGUACUACAUCGAUGAUGUAUUCCAUGCCCUCGUGAGGGAGAUCCGUAGGAAGGAAAAGGAGGCAGUGCUGGCCAUGGAGAAGAAAUCUAAACCCAAAAGCAGUGUGUGGAAAAGACUGAAGUCACCUUUCCGAAAGAAAAAAGAUUCAGUAACUUGAAGGGACAAAUGAAAAUGUUUGUACCUGUGAACUGCAGCCUAUAACCAGAGCAGUCCAGUCACCUGCAGAACUUGCUCUUCCUCCUCUUUGGACCAUUGUUUUCUUAAAUAAGGCAGAGCUGAAGGGACGUGCCUACUGGGGUUUUCCAAUGAGGUGGUAUUUGGAGUAAUGUCUCCUAGUUUUCAGGCUUAUGAGCCCAGUGGGACAGUGCCUCCAUUUUUGUUUUAAAUUGUCACUUUUGAGUUUAACCCAUAAGUUCUCUCAGUUCAGUUGUUGGUGUUAAUAUGUUAGCACAAAAUGUCUACACCCACGGUGGGGUGUAUCCCUCAUGGGAGCUGCACCAAGCUCCCCAGAGAAUUAAUUUUUCUGCUGUGCAAUCUAUUGUUUUUCAGCUUUCAGUUUCCUGGGGUUGCACCAAAGGAGGGACCUUUGUCUUUCCUGUUCAUACUCAGCUUUCUAAAAGCAGUGCAGAAAGUCAGCCCAACCAGGAAACCUGUUCAAGUCAGUGCUAAAGAUCAUCAGAUAGCCGGUGAGCUGACUCAUGUUGCCAUGUGUGAGAUGAAAGCCUGGACGUGGUGAGGCCAUUAAGUGUGUGUGUAGGGGCUUGGCUGGCAGUGGAUAGGUGAGCAAAUCGUGAGAUCCUCACAGCAUACUAAUAUAGGCCUCAUUCUCCUAAAAUGUGCCAAAAUUGCCAGGUCUGCUGGGAUACGUGAAUACAAACAAAUCAAACACAGUGAGGUUUCUCCUGUGCUCUUUAUUUGCUCACCUUCCACAGUUUUGUAUUUCUUUAGCCUCACUGAGGUUAAUACUAUAGGAACCAUCAGAGGCUUGCCAAACCCUUCAUUUUAUAAAUCCUCAGCCAGCUUACCAUCAUCUUGAUCAGAAUAAUUUUUUCAAAACAUUUUUCAGAGGCACAUAGACCAGUACAUUUACCUGCCUUGCUUCUAACUCCCUUUUUUUAAUCUCCCAUUGCUCUCUAAAAAGACAGUAAUACACUGCCUUGGGAAGGAGCAAGACGUAGGGAAAUGGUCUUUUGGGCUCAUCUUCACACUAUUGAGAUCAGGCGAAGUUGUAUGUGUGCCUUCUGGACAUCCAGAGCCACUAGACUUGGUGCUUUAAAAAAACAGUGACUAUAACAUUUAGAUUUUACCAAGUUGUACCUGUCAUUAAGGGGGCCAUACUUUUAAAGUUUUAAGUUCCCACAAAUUCAGUUUAUCCUUGAAUUUCCUCAUGAGAACUAUCUUACCUAUGCUGAAAUGCCAUCAGUGAUAUUUGAGUUCUCUGUCUUGUCAGUAAUCAUUUUGACAAGAGACCUGGGAAUGUACAGAGAUGGGAUUCAAAAGUGCUCAAAGUAAUCCGUAUUUGCAGGAAAAAAAGUUUUGACAUUGUGUCCACCUUUUUCUGCUUUGACCUUGUAUUUAUAUAGCACCUUAAAAAGAAUUAAAAUUCCCUGUUCCACCCUUCCUCAGAUACUGGAGAGGACAGGGUAGUCAAGUUUGUUUUCCCCUUAUGGGCUUGAAGAAAAGUGCUUGUUUUAUCUGGAUAUUGCUGCUCGAUUCAGUGUUCAGCAUUGAUUCGAGACAAGCCAGAAAGCAUGACCCAAAAUUAAUAUUCAGGGAAAAAUGACUUUAUGGUUUGGGGGUCAGAGGAUAGAUAAAACAGUACAGUAGAGCAGCAUUGCACCUUAUUUUAAAUGUCUUGAGACUGAAGUUCCGUGGGAGAUGUGAGGCAUCUCAUGGAUUAUGAAGUCAUUUAUGUAUCCCAGAAACUAAUAACUACAAUAGCAAAAAAUAUUGUUCCAUCUUUUCCCUUUCAACCCCCCACCCCCAAAAGAUCUGUAAGACAAAGGGCCAUUCUCUGCCAUACAGCGGGAAAAGGAAAUAGCUGGCUUUUCUUUUUAAGGUUAUGACUUUUUUUUUCUCGGUUUCUGUGGUCAAUUGGCAAAUGUUUAUUAAGCUCCUACUAUGUUCAGGGCACUGUGCCAGGUGCUGUGAGGGCUACAAAGCCAAAUAAGGCACAGUCCCACCUUUCCUCCAAAAGUGUACUGCCAAGUGUUCAAAUUUACAAUCCAAGAAUUAGCCAGGUUAACUAAUCUUUUCUUUAUCUUUAACUUUCAGGCCUUCUUAGCCUAUCACUUUUAAAAGUUGAAAGGCAGAACAAUUAGGCCAGAUCGUUAAAUUGCUGCACCUAGUAGGAUUUGCUUUCAGGAAAUGGGAAGGGGGCAUGUUUUGAUUUUAAAACAACUAGUUAAGUUAACAGCAAGUACUUGUCUGUGAUGAUCAGGAAAAGGAAGAUAAUGCUUUUCACGUAUUCACAUAUAUGAAGACAUUAAUUGUACUUGACGAAAUACAGAACUUUAAAAAAAAA